AUGGUUUCUCUCCAGGUCCCAUCGGCGGAGCCAACAAAACGAGGCAGUUUCCGAAUCACGCCGAGUCGGUUGGGCUUCACCGAUGACUCCGAAAAGGCGCCUCUGACGCCCGUCGGGGAGAAGUUCAUCGAGCCUCGGAGCCGGUUGUCUUCUCGACCGGACUCCAUCGAGAGUGUCGAAGACUUCGUAACUAAGGUACUGCAUGCUGACGAUGACCUGUCUUUAAAUCCAUGGACGUUCCGAAUGUGGUUUAUUGGGAUCGGACUUGGAAUAUUCGGCGCUAUUAUGGAAACGAUAUAUUUCUUUCGCCCGGUUACCUUAGACGUGUCCAACGUUUUCUUGGCCCUCGUGGGCUAUAUUCUUGGCACCGUUUUCGAGUGGGCUAUUCCGAGGAAGGGCUUUCUGGGCCGAUGGCUUAAUCCUCACCCAUUUAACAUGAAGGAGCAUGCCGCCAUCGUCGUAUUAGCCUCAUCAGCCGCACAGGCCGCGCUGGCAGUGGAAGUCAUUGCUGUCCAAAGACUGUUCUAUGAUACGGCUCCCAAUGCUCUGGUCUCCAUCCUCGUUGUUGUCUCCUCACAAUGUGUGGGCUACGGUUUCGCUGGCCUCCUCCGCCGAGCCUUGGUGUAUCCAACCAAGAUGGUAUGGCCAGCCCUCCUACCAAUGAACACAUUACUCGAAACACUCCACCGCGAUAGGAAUGAGACUAGGAAACGCCUGCGAUUCUUUUGGAUAGUUCUCGUUGCUAUCUUCUUCUGGGAAUUACUUCCAGAAUAUAUCAUGCCAAUUUUGACCGGAGUCAGCAUAUUUUGUUUGGGAAGGCGGGACAGUAUGGUUUUCACCAACGUUUUCGGCGGGUCAAACGGCAACGAAGGUCUCGGAAUCCUUUCCCUAGGAUUAGACUGGCAGCUUAUUUCUAGUAAACCGUUAUGGACUCCUCUCCUGACUCUAGGAAACAGCUUAGCUGGAUAUUUACUCUGCAUUGCCCUCUUCUUAUGCGUGUACUAUGGCAACACCUGGGAUGCGCAGAAGUUUCCAUUCCUGUCUCAGCUACUCUUCUCUCGCGAUUCUACCUCCUCAAAUUAUGUCAUCUACAACCAGACAAAGAUUCUUGACGAUAAAAACGUACUCCUGCCAUCGGCGCUUGAAGAGGAAGGGAUUCCUUUUUUUGCAGGCACCUACGCGAUGUUUCUGUUUACCACGAACCUCGCAGUCUCGGCAACAAUAAGUCACCUCCUGCUAUGGAAUUGGGAGGACAUCAAGAUGGGUUAUUCUUUCCUUUCACCGAGUUCUCUUCGAAGACUGUUCUCUCCGCUGUCUUGGAGCUUGAGGAGCAACCGGGACCCCGGAUCUGACAAGGAGAAAGAUCCUCAUUACCGUCUAAUGCUCGCAUAUCCAGAAUGCCCUAGCUGGUGGUACACUCUAAUACUUCUCCUGUCAGUAAUCAUGGGUAUCAUUGCAAUCUACACGGCUCAGUCCACGCUGCCAUGGUAUGGUUUCUUGACCAGCAUCGCCGUGACUGGUACUUUCAUACUCUUUUUCGGUGCACAGGUCGCGCUCACUGGAUUUCAGGGAAAUGUCCAGCCGAUUGUACAGAUGAUCGGAGGGUAUCUUCAUCCCGGCCAGCCGUUAGCGAACAUGUAUUUCACCCUAUUCGGCUACAAUUCUGUCAUCCAGGGCAUUAGCAUGGUGCAAGACUUGAAGUUCGGACAGUACGCGAAGCUGCCGCCAAAAGCCACUUUCUCAACGCAGCUCGCUGGAACUUUGAUUGGCGGAAUAAUCAACUACAUCAUGAUGGUUGAGAUUACCACCAAUCAGAGGGACAUUCUAUUGUCCAUUCAAGGUACCAACGUUUGGUCUGGUCAGAAUAUCCAGCAAUUUAAUUCUCAAGCCAUAGCAUGGGGCGCGUUAGCAAAAGAGAUGUUCUCGCCAGGCUCUCGCUAUGAACUUAUACCAAUCGGAUUGCUACUUGGCUUUUUGCCCCCGCUCCUAUUCCACACUCUGGACCGAGCAUACCCGACUAUCGGCUUCUCAAAGGUCAAUACCCCUAUCAUUCUUGCAUAUGCAGGGUUUCUCAGUGUUGGUAUCUCGUCCUCGAUGCUCACUUACUUUAUCAUCGGCUUUGCAAGUCAGUUCUGGCUACGCCGUUGGAAGCCAAACUGGUUCGUAAAGUACAACUACGUCCUGUCUGCGGCUCUCGAUGGCGGCACGCAGAUCCUGGUAUUCAUCCUCACUUAUACAGUUCUAGGCGGUGUGGGUCCGGAGGUCAAGUUUCCCAAGUAUUGGGGCAAUAACUCAGACGGAAACUUUGACUACUGCAUGAGGGAUCCGGCUGCCGGAUCUGUGGCUGCGGGGCCUGUAGAUCUGGACGGAUAG